AUGAUAAUGUCCCUGAAAACAGUUGUAUUUGUGGAUGGACAAAACUUUCGUCACAACCUGAGAGAUUUUCACUUCCGAUCCGAUCCGCCGCACCCUAACAAUCCCGAGUACCGACUGGAUGAAAAACACUUUCGCUGGCAGGAGUUUUUCCAGGACGCGCUGACAAAGUUCGAUGAUGUUACGGGGUGGGACCACCGGUUGGUGCGCGUGUAUUGGUACUACGCCGAGAGCAUAACCCCGUGGACGCCCAACCUGUGGCGCGCCCAGCGAAUCGUGGAGGAAUAUGGGCCGCGCAUGCCCGAGCUUACAUCUGACAUAGUGGUGGAGAAGGCGCACGACUGGUACGACCACGAGUUUCGGCGGUUCCACCAACUGCGGAAGUCGGUAUUCGAGGAGAUCCAGCAGAACACCAACUUCCUGGAGUUCAAGUAUGUAGGGCAGUACGUGGUGCAACCCUUCCGUCCGUACCGGCUGGAGUACGACUACGACGGCAACAUCAUGUACCAGGGCACGCAGGUGGGUGAGAAGGGCGUUGACAUCGGCAUCGCCGUGGACAUGAUAGCCAAGAUGAACAGCUUCGACGUGGCGAUACUGGUGUCGGGCGACAGCGACUUUUUUCCGGUGGUUCGCUAUCUGAAAGACAACCUGAAAUACGUUUACCACUUCUCGGUUGGGCGCGGCGUAGGGCAGGACACCCAGUACUUCUCGCCGGCGCUGCGGGGGGUGGUGGACUGUUUCCAGGGUUUUGAUGAGCUGGAGCUGUUGAGCAAUUACGUCAACGACCACUCGGGGAUUCCGCCGGCCAUCCUGGACACCAUUAACACCCGGGCGGCGGAGCUGGAACGGAUCCUGGACGAGGAGCCGUUACUCUUCCAUUCGGAAAUCGAACCUCUGCUGAACUGA